AUGACGGGGUGCCAGAUUCCUGGCAACCUCCUCUUCGCCAUCGCGGGCAUGUCGCUCGGCUUUAACGCGUCGCGCGGCGGCAUCGUCCUCGCCUUCCUCUUCAUGCAGAUGCACAUUACGAUCGCGUUCGGUAUCAUCUUCUUCCCCGCGUUCUUCACCGCCGAGCGCCUCGUGCUCGGAUUGCACAAGGACUCGUUUGCGCUCCACGACCACGUGUUUAGCACGGUCGAGACGCCAGAGCUGCAAGGCGAUAAGAACCAGACGUCGCGCGACGAAGACCUCGCGGAGAUCGAAGGCGACUACAAGCGCAAGAACGCCUAUGUGCGCGUGGCGAUUCUGCGCACGGUCAUGGUGGUCCUCGCCGUGAUUGCGUCGGUGCUCAUGAAGGACAAGUUCAUCGACCUCCAGAGUUUUGUCGGGGCGUCGUCGACGGCGCUCUGCUGCAUGAUUCUGCCGCUCGUCUUUUACGUCAAGACGUUCUAUGAGACGCUCCCGCUCUACGAGAAGAUCUUUGCGAUCCUCGUCGCGCUCGUCACGAGCUUCCUCGCCAUCUACGUCUCCAUCGACACGGGCAAGUUGGUCUUCAACCCGAGCAGCGCGAACGCGAGCCCGCCCGUGUUUCCGUACUGCGCGGCCGAGCACGCGUUCGUCGUCUACACCAACGCGACGUACUACAAGGGCAAAUAA